CCCACCCGACGCCCUCUGAAGCUAAAAGGCCUCGGGUUUGGGCUCCAGCUGAAGGGGUGAAAGGCGCGGCGGUGCGAAAAUCAAAAAUUAAUCGAGGGGGUGUGACCACUUUUUUUUUCAAUUAUCUUUAUUGUUCCAGCCCAUGUGGACAAGAGGGAGGCAGGGACCCUGCCAUUGACUGCCCCCCACCCCAUCCCAUCCCUCCCUCUGGCUAUGGACCCCCUCAAGGCGCAGCAGUUGGCAGCCGAGCUGGAGGUCGAGAUGAUGGCCGACAUGUACAACAGGAUGACCCACGCCUGUCACCGCAAAUGCGUGCCGCCCCAUUAUAAGGAAGCCGAGCUCUCCAAGGGCGAGUCAGUCUGCCUUGACCGCUGUGUGGCCAAGUACCUGGACAUCCACGAGCGCAUGGGCAAGAAGCUAACGGAGCUGUCCAUGCAGGACGAGGAGCUGAUGAAGAGGAUGCAGCAGGGUGCUGUGGCACAGUGAGGGCACUACGGGCACACGGGAACCAGCGUCAAUAAACUCCCCCCUCCACA